AUGUUUGUUCCAUCCCUCCGCCGUUGUGCGCCAGGGUUCUGGAGCAAGACGGGCCAGGAAUUUCAAAGGGCGACCAAGUUUGCUCUCAACCUCGAAGGUCUACAACUACCAGUAGCGCCCUACCCAAUAUUCGACUUUGCAGAUGCAGAGACGAUAACUACACUGAAGGCGAUGUCCGAUCGGACGGUUGGUGGAAUUUCAACAGCCCAGUUGAUACAGCGGCCUGCAGAUACUUCUUCGAACCCUCAGACACCAGCCCAUAUCUUAUUCAAGGGAAACAUCUCCACGAAACUGCCCGCAGAUCGACCAGACAUACAGAGAACAGGCUAUGCAGCAUGGCGGAACAUAGAUCGAGGAAGAACGCUUUUUGGUGAACUCUUUUGGGAUGUCGACUCCUACAUGUAUCUUGCACUGAAAGUGAAAAGUGACGGAAGGAAAUACUUUGUAAACAUACAAACAGACUCCAUUGUGGAGUCAGACAUACAUCAACAUCGAUUGUACACGAAAUACCACAAGGGCGCAAAUGGACCCAAUGAUCCAGGCCAAUGGGAGACGGUGUGGAUCAGAUUGCAUGAGUUCGUUCGGACAAAUCACGGUGUUGUCACUGAGCCACAGUCAGAGAUGCUACGGCAGAAGGUGAAGAGUUUUGGAAUCGGACUUACUGAUAGACAAGCUGGUCCGUUCGAAUUAGGGAUUGCUGCGAUGUGGGCCACCAAUCUGAACGAGCGUGGUCAGGUUGAUGGCCGCACCGGCUGGGAAGAUGGUGACCAGGGCAGUGCGCGAUUGUGCGAAGUCACAGAAGAAAAGCUUGCUCAAAAGGCUGAAGAAAAGCGAAAGCUACCACAAGAGAGAAGGAGCUUUCGUGAACGGGUGCCACAUUUCGGCAAGGUUGGCACUCGCGAUUAUUCUGGUGUACGAUAA